CAUAACGACCUCCCUCGCGGCUGUUACAGCAGUUAUUGUACCGCAGAAAGCCCCGCUUAAUGUGUAAUGCUCUUCACGGCUGCUUUUGAUUGUUUGUGUACAAUUUGACAGACGUCAAACCCAAACAUAUAUAAGGGGGAUAUUUUUUUUGCACAACGCCUUCCUACGACUGCACUCAUUUUAUCAUGAUGCUCUCUUUGACGAACUUUCCAGCGUUCGCUACAUUGGCUUGCUUUUUCCUAUUGCAACCAGUAUUUGGUGGCUUGCCGGAACAUGGGGACUCGAGCAAUCCACAUUCUCCGUCAUCUUUACAGAAAUACAGGCCUAAGACGAACCCCAGCUUUAAAGGACCAUUGCCUCAUGCAUUCGAACGAAGUAUGACCUUGCAAAACAGAUAUCCUCCAAAAUCAAAACAUAUUGAUACAGAAGAACAACAUAUGAUGACUGAUCAUGAACAAAUCUUAGCAGUUUCAGCACGUCAACCACGCGCAGAAACUCCGACGAGAUCUCGUUUACCUAUCCAUCGUCAAAUUUCGUAUAAACAAGCCAAAGAUCUAGAGCAUGCUCACAAUGGAAACGCAAAAAUUUAUGAUCAUACAGCUAAACAAGGCGUAAGCACUCUUGAGGAAAAAGAAGAAGCCAGUAUGCUUGGUCAUCAUGAACGUGUUCGUGCUCAAAGCUUCGGUCGAAAAGCAAACGCGAUCGUAAAGAAUCCAAAUGGUCCUCGAACUAAGUGGCCCUGA